CGAAAGUAGAUUUCGAUAUCAGGUUGUAUCAUGAGUACACGAGUAUGAAGAGAAGUAUUACUGAUUUUUUCACUGCUCAACCGAACCCUAAAAGAAAGCAAGUUCGGACUAAAACACGUGUUCCGGUAACGGUUGUAAUGUAAAUAACGACACAGCCACAAGUAAUGCUGAUGAAACACGAUCAAAUUGUCCCCAAUCAUCCGGGAAUGUCACUCAAAGUGAAAAAGAGGCAGAUUCUGGGUCAUCCAAGACUACUGCUACUCAGUCUAAUACAUUAUUUCCCUUGGAAGAACAGAAAAAAAUGGUCUCUGAACUUUUUAAUGAUUCUUCUCUAAUAAAUGCAAACUCUAAUGUACACCAUGCAGCUCUAUGCACAGAUACAUGUGAUUUAUCAUCAAAGGACCCACAGAAAUGGAGCAAAGAAAAACACAGGUUUAAACACAAAAUGAUAUGUGAUUAUGAAACAUCAUAUAGUGAAAAAACUGGCUUAUGGUGGCUUGUUUAUGUAGAAGGUGAGGGAAUGUAUUGCUUAUUGUGCAGGAAACACAAAGUUGUGAAUUCCAACGAAUUUUUUUGUAGCAAAGCUGCAACAAGAUUCAGAAAAGAGGCCAUUGUAGAUCACAUGAAAACAAAGAGUCACAAGGCAGCAGAAUUAGAGGAAUGUGUGCAAAGAAUCUCCCCAUUUGAGAAAGAAAUUGCAGAUAAAAAACAGUUUGCCAAUGAAGUUUACGAAAAUGCUUUUCAAUGUCUUUAUUGGAUUGCAAAAGAAGAACUUCCAAACCGAAAAUUUGUAUCUUUGAUAAAUUUGAUGAAAUCACUGGGGUUAGAAAAAAUGAAGCACUUCAAUCAUCAAGGAGCUGGGUCUAUAAGGGAAAUGAUGAUAACUAUUGGAGAUGUUCUGUGUGAGGAUGUUUUGGUGGAAUUAAGAAGAGCCAAUACUUUUGGAAUUAUGGUUGAUGAUGUAACUGAUAUCAGUAACAAAGAACAAUGUGUGUGCUUUGCUCAGUAUGUUGACAGUAAUGGUUUUCCUAAAGUACAAUUUCUUUUUGUGGAAAAUGCACUGAAAAAUUCAGAUUCUGUCAAUGCAGAAACGAUUGUGAAUAUUAUUUAUGAAAAAAUUGAUAACUUCGGUUUGGACAGAAAAAAAUUAGGAAGUUUAUGUACAGAUGGAGCAGCAGUUAUGGUUGCCAAGAAUGGUGUGGCUGGAAAGCUCAAACAACAGAAUCCAUCUCUGAUUAACAUUCACUGCAUUUGCCAUAAACUUGCAUUAGCUUGUGUUGGCAGCACAGAAGAAGUCAAAAGCAUUAGACAGACACAUCUGUAUUUAGUGCAGCUAUGGAAGUACUUUGAAAAUUCUCCAAAGAGAACAGCUAUCUACAUUAAAGUUCAAGAAGAAAUGAAAAGCUUGACUCUCUCAGACCAAGCAAGGCGUAUCGUUAGCAAAAAGCUUAAAAAAGCCUGUGCCACAAGGUGGCUAUCUUUUCAGAACUCAAUAGAUUCCGUAUUUGAAGAUAUAAUCCCUAUUUUAAAUACACUGAAUAUUUUAGGGGAGAAGGACACAGCAGCAUAUGGACUGUUACAAAGGAUGAAGGGAUUUUCCUUCAUAUCUUCAGUCUACAUUCUGAAAUUUUUUUUACCAAUCCUGUCCACGUUAAGUAAAACAUUUCAAAGUGGCAACAUUGACUUCAGCAGAAUUGGACCAUCAAUUGCAUACACAUUAGACAGAUUGGAGGAAAUCAAACAUGAGGAAAGUCCACUUAAAGUUUUAAAAGAAGAUUUAAACAAUGGAGGAAAACUCGGAGACUUGUUCUCAGCAUCUGAAAGUCAAUUUCUAGAUGCUAAAAGAUUACUUGAGAAGUACAUAGAUGCUCUUGUCCAUAAUAUCAAACAGAGAUUUUCAGAUAGCAUGAACAUUUUGAAAUCUUUUGAUAUUUUCAAUCCUUUGUCAAUUCCGGAGAGAGAUCAGAGAGAGUUCAGAAAUUAUGGAGAGGAACAUGUAAUCACACUCACUGAACAUUUUUUUUCUGCAUGUGAUGAAACAGAAAAAGAAGAGAUAAAUACAGAAUGGAGAAAAAUGAAAUAUCACUUUUUACAGUGGAAAAAGGAGAUGACAUUGACAGACAGAGAAACAGACGAAAGGAAAUUAAGCCCGACGCAAGAAGUUCUUCAGAGAAUUUUACAGAGAAAAGAGGACUUCAAAGUUUUUUUCCCCCAUAUGGUGUUUUUGGCAGAAGUAUGCCAGAGUAUCCCAGUAUCAAACGCAUGGCCGGAGCGAGGAGCUAGUGUUGUAAAAAGAUUAAAAACUAGGUUUAGAAGUUCUCUAAAAGAAGACAUGUUGAUGUGUCUAAUGCACAUCUCCAUUAAUGGCCCAUGUUUUGAAAAGCAAAAUCUUAUUGAGAAAUCUGUAGAAAAGUGGAGGAGUGAGAAAAGUAGAAAGAAGUUGCCAGGAAACAUGAAGAAGACUUCAACAGAGGCUGUCUUUUUACAAGAACAACAAGAUGUAGAGAUUGAAACAGCAGACUCUUCUAUCCAAACUGACAUUACAGGGGACAUUAUGAGUUACGAGCAUCUCAGAAAUGAACUUAGAGCUGCUGCGAAAGCUUUUUUUCUUGAUAAAAGUAUGGAAGAGUCUUCCAUAUUUAAUGACAAUGAAAAGGUUUUGGAAGAUAGUGAUUAUAGUGAUGAUGAUAUGUAGUAAUGAGUUGAUUAAAGAUGAUUGACAUUUUUUUCUUUUUAUUUUAAAACAAAACACUUACAACUCAAACCUUGCAAAAUUUUAUUGAACAAAUUUACAUAAACAAAUAUAGCAUAGAACUCAGAAGUUUUACCUAAAUCUUAUUGUUAUUCUGCUCAAAUAACUAAUUUCUCUAUGUAAUUCCACCCAUCCAGUGCUAAACUUCAGAUGUUAUGUGUAUUGACCAAAAAAACCCUUUGAAACAUGGCAUAAAAUAACACUGAUAGCAGCAUACUUUUAUGUGUCUAGAAACCAGGAAAUGCUGUCUGGUGGCUUCUAAAAUUCAAAAUUUUUCCGGGGGGGCAUGCCCCCGGACCCCCCUAGCAGGCUCACGCCUUCGGCGUUCGCCUGUUAGUACCUCCUAUUUUU